AUGGACGAGACCUCAGCAAAAGCCCUCGUUACCAGAGGGAACGGGAACGGCAUUGUCCUGGGCCCGCUGAUCAUGGGUGUCAUCAUCGACGCCGUCUUCCUCGGUAUCCUUCUCUCCCAGUUCACCCAUUGGUACAACCAGUCUCGUUUGCUCGACCGAUGGCUCGUCCAGGCUGGUGUGGUCUUCUACGCCGAACGUGCCUUUAAGAUUGCCGGUCGCAGUAGAUACGUCGUCUUCAUCGUUGCCCUGCCCAUCGUGGCCUCUGUUGCCGGUGCCCUCGGUAUCCUCGUCGAGGGUCUCCGCUCCAACGUCAUUAACACGACGGCCGCCACUUGUGUUGCCGAUGUCAUCAUUACCACCGUCGUGAUGUGGGGUCUUCUGCACCAGCGUUCCGACUACGAGGAGACCUCGAAGCUUGUCAAGCGUCUGCUUAGGAUUGCAUGCGAGUCGCAGCUUCCCCCUACCAUCAUUGCUCUUGCCAACCUUAUCGACUUCGCCAUCCAGGGUGGUACUUACUACGGCGUCUUCUUCGAGAUGAUCCAGGGAAAGAUCUACGUUAUCGGUAUGCUCUACGUGCUCAACUCUCGCUUCUACAUCAACCGUGACAUGGACGACGGCACCUGGGCUGCCCAGACCAACUACCAGAGCCAGUUCCAGUCGGCCGGCCCCUUCCAGCCCCCUACCCAGCAGCAGUACUCGCUCAAGUCGCAGCGCACGCGUCUCAACGGCCCCGCCACCAUCCACGUCCAGACCGAGACGUAUGUCGAGUCGCACACCAUUGCGCCCAUGCACGAGAUCAAGAUGGAGCCCAAGCUCCGCGACGCCUCGCUCUCGGGCACCGACUCGAACCGUACCUGCGACGUCGACGUCGGGCCGCUCAGCCAGAGUGUCGUCGGCCUCACGACCAACAUGGAGACCGAGCCCCAACCCGCUCCCAAGCAGAGCUGGCAUCUCAACUCAUUCGCCAUGGGUAUGGCCUAA